CUGCAAGUCUAUAAAUCUAUCUCUCUCUCUCUGUGUCUCUGUGAUCAUAUCACCAUGACGAAACAGCAAGCACAGUGGGAUCCUUAUGAAAACAAUGGCGGGACCUGUGUUGCCGUAGCUGGUGCAGAUUACUGCGUGGUCGCAGCCGACACUCGGAUGUCCGGUGGCUACAAUAUUCUUACUCGCGAUUACUCCAAAAUUAUGAAGCUAGCGGAUAAAUGUGUGAUGGCAUCCUCAGGGUUUCAGGCUGAUGUGAGAGCUUUGCAAAAGCUUUUAGCAUCCAGGCAUUUGAUUUAUCAACAUCAGCACAAUAAACAGAUGAGCUGUGCUGCAAUGGCUCAGUUCCUUGCAAACACCUUAUACUACAAGCGAUUUUUCCCCUACUACUCUUUCAAUGUUGUCGGUGGCCUUGAUGAUGAAGGCAAGGGGUGUGUUUUUACAUAUGAUGCUGUUGGCAACUAUGAGAGGGUUGGGUAUAGCUCUCAAGGCUCAGGUGCUACCUUGAUUAUGCCUUUGUUGGACAACCAGUUAAAGUCUCCUAGCCCGCUUUUGGUGCCUGCCCAGGAUUCCAUUACUCCACUCUCGGAGUUAGAAGCUAUUGAUUUGGUGAAAACAUGCUUUGCAUCAGCCACAGAAAGGGAUAUUUACACUGGCGAUAGGCUGGAGAUAGUCGUAUUGAAUCUUGAUGGUGUUCGACUCGAAGAAAUGGAGCUUAGGAAAGACUGAUCAUCAUGCAGGAGAUGUUGUACACUUCAAACUAGUAAAUUUUUAUUUUUAUUUUCAACAGAAUAAU